AUGCUGCUCCGGCCGCGGCGGCCGCCCCCGCCCGCGCCCCCGUCGCCCGCCCGCUCGGACCUCGAGGCGGACCCGGGGGCCUCGCCCGCGCCGGCCGCCUCGCCCGGCUCGCCCGCGCCGCCCGCGUCCCCCGGCUCGCCCGUGUCGCCCGGCUCGGCGCAGCGCACGCCCUGGAGCGAGCGGGAGACCGAGCUGCUGCUGGGCACGCUGCUGCAGCCGGCCGUGUGGCGCGCGCUGCUGCUGGACCGGCGCCGCGCGCUGCCCACCUACCGCCGCGUGUCGGCCGCGCUGGCCCGCCAGCAGGUGCGCCGCACCCCCGCGCAGUGCCGCCGCCGCUAUAAGUUCCUCCGCGACAAGCUGCGCGACGCGCACGACCAGCCGCCGGGACCCUUCGACCCGCAGAUCCGCGAGCUCGUGGAGCUGCUGGGCGACCACGGGCCGCCCCGCAGCCGCCGCCGCUCCCCGGGGCGCCCGCAGCGCGCCCGCCGCCCGGCCAGCAGCGCGCCCGCCGAGCCGGGGGCCGCGCUGCCGCCCGGCGCGCGGGACGCCGACGCGGACCCGUCCUGGACGCUCAGGUUCAGCGCGUCCCCGCUGAAGGCCGACGCCCCCAGGCCCCCCGGCUCCCCGCCGGCGCUCUCCGGCUUCGACCCCGCGUUCGGCCGCCCCGAGGGCCACGCGCCCUUCCGAGACCCCGACGGCUCGUCGCCGCCGCCGCCGCCGCCGCCGCCGUCCCCCGCCCGGGAAGACCCCGCCUUGCCGCCCGGCAGCCCGGAGCAGCCCGCGCCCGCGCCGCCGACGCUGAACGCCGCCCUGCUGCAGACCCUGGGCCACCUGGGCGACAUCGUGACCAUCCUGGGCCCGCUGCGCGACCAGCUGCUGACCCUCAACCAGCACGUGGAGCAGCUGCGCGGCUCCUUUGACCAGACCGUGUCCCUGGCCGUGGGGUUCAUCCUGGGCAGCGCCGCGGCCGAGCGGGGCGUCCUGGGUGACCCGCGCCAGUGA